AUGGCUGCGAAUGCUCGAUAUCAGCCCGCCCCGCAGCGGGACUCCUUUGAGGACCAGCCGUACACUCAAGCACCGCCGUCCUACCAGGCCACAGCGGACCCGCAGCCGCGCUCCGAAGAUGACAACGUGCCGGACGACUUCAAGUUCGGCGGUAUGGUUGCGGAGGGGACGAUUGAUAUUCGAAUGCAGUUCGUGCGGAAGGUGUACUCGAUACUGACCGCCCAGAUCCUUCUUACAACCAUCCUCAGCUCCAUCUCGUUCUUCAACGCCACCUACUGCGAAUGGAUCCAGCAAAACAUCUGGUUCAUGUUCAUCUCCAUCUUCGGCGCCCUGGGCUUCAUGCUUGCAACCUACUGGAAGCGCAAGUCAUAUCCCGCAAAUUUGCUGUUCCUCUCCGGCUUCACCUUGAUGGAGGCCUAUUCCAUCAGCGUGGUGACAUCCUUCUACGAAGCGCGAGUUGUUCUGCAGGCCCUGGUGCUAACACUGGGUAUCUUUGUUGCGCUCACGCUCUUUGCAUGCCAGACCAAGUAUGACUUCACCCACUGGAUGCCUUACCUCUUUGGCGCCCUGUGGUUUAUGAUCCUGUUUGGAUUCGUGGCCAUGUUCAUGCCGUUCGGCAGCACCAUGGAGCUUAUCUACGGUGUGCUUGGUGCCCUGAUCUUUUCGGGCUACAUUCUCGUGGAUACUCAGCUUGUUAUGCGACACUACCAUGUCGAGGAGGAGAUCGCUGCUGCUAUCGCGUUGUAUCUGGAUGUGCUGAAUUUGUUCCUGUCUAUCUUGCGCAUUCUGAACAGCCAGAACAACAACUAA